CCUACAUUUUUUUUGUUUUUUUAUUAUUUAACAGAAUGGUUGUUGCCAUUGGUUUCGAAGGAUCUGCUAAUAAGCUCGGUGUUGGUAUUAUUCGACAUGAAAAUGACCAAGUGGAUAUUUUGGCCAAUGUGAGAGAUACGUUCAUUACACCACCAGGCGAAGGUUUCUCUCCUCGCGAUACCGCUGUGCAUCACCGUGAAUGUGUUUUAAGAGUAACAAGAGAAGCUUUGAAGGACGCCAAUUUGACACCAAAAGACAUUGACGUUAUCUGUUAUACCAAAGGUCCUGGUAUGGGUGCGCCUUUGGUUUCUGUUGCCAUUGUUGCACGUACACUUUCAUUAUUAUGGGACAAACCUCUUGUAGGUGUCAACCACUGUGUCGGACAUAUCGAAAUGGGCAGAGAGGUCACGAAAGCAGAUAACCCAGUUGUGCUUUAUGUCAGUGGAGGAAAUACCCAAGUCAUUGCCUACUCUCAGCAAUGUUACCGCAUUUUUGGCGAGACUCUAGACAUUGCCAUUGGUAAUUGUCUCGAUCGAUUUGCCCGAUUAUUGAACUUGUCGAAUGCACCUAGUCCUGGAUACAACAUUGAACAAUAUGCAAAGCGCGGAAAAAAAUUCAUUCAGUUACCUUAUUCUGUCAAAGGCAUGGAUGUGUCAUUUUCCGGUAUCUUGCAUCAUAUUGAAAAAUUAGCCAAGGAAGAGUUACCAAAAGGAGAAGUUACUGCUGAGGAUCUGUGUUAUUCACUUCAAGAGACCUUGUUUGCCAUGUUGGUUGAGAUCACAGAACGUGCUAUGGCUCACGUAGAAUCAAAUCAAGUGCUGUUAGUAGGUGGUGUGGGUUGCAAUGUCAGGUUACAAGAAAUGAUGGAGCAAAUGGCAGCUCAAAGAAACGGAACUGUGUGUGCAACAGACGAGAGAUUCUGUAUUGAUAAUGGAAUUAUGAUUGCUCAUGCCGGAUUGUUAGCAUACAAAACAGGAUUUACUACUCCAUUAGAGGAAAGUACAAUUACUCAGCGCUUUAGAACUGACGAAGUUCAUAUUGCUUGGAGAGAUGAUUAAUAGAAUAAAUGGUGGAGGCGGGGAACUUUUUUUAUUGUUAUUAUUAUUAUUAUU